ACGCGAGCGCGGAGGUCAGAAAGGAGAAUCCGAAUGAGUCGAUGAUGACGGUUGGGAUCAGGCGAGGCGGUCAUCGUCGAAGUUGUCCGCAGCGAUGAUGACGCCCCUCGUACCGCUUAGCACCGCACAAUCCAGGCUGCUUCACACUCUCAUCGUCGCCCCCUCGACCUGCAGAUAGUCAUCUGCGCCGACGAUGCCGCAAGUACCCUACUAUAUGCGCGACCCGGAGGCGUCGCCGCCAGCAUACGAGGCGAGCGGCAGCCGGAGUCGCAGCCAGAGUCCUAGGCCCGUGACGGUGAACGGGACAGACAUCAACUACGCGGAGUGGAAGGCGAUAGGGAAGGGUCUGGUGUCGGCGGCCCGCGUCGCCCCCGAUGGCCGCAUCGGCGUCACUCUCGACCUCAAGGAGCGGCUUCCAGACCUGCCCGAGGACCAUGCUCCUCAGGUCGCAGAGUUCGGCGUCGACGAGGGGAACUGGCAGAAGUACCCGAGCAUGUCCAUCGUCAUCAUGAUCGUGGGCAGUCGAGGUGAUGUUCAACCCUUCGUUGCGCUUGGGAAGAGACUGCACAGCGAUGGACAUCGCGUCCGGAUUGCGUCUCAUGAGAAGUUCAGGGAGUUUGUGAACGAGCAUGGGCUGGAGUUCUUUGACGUUGGCGGCGACCCGCAGGAGCUCAUGUCGUACAUGGUCAAGAAUCCAGGACUCAUGCCGGGAAUGGAGUCGCUCACGAAUGGAGACAUUGGUAAGAAACGCAAGAUGCUCAGCGAGAUGAUGAACGGCUGCUGGAAGGCCUGUCACUCGCCUGACCAGAAGACCGGUCGCCCCUUCGUCGCAGACGCAAUCAUAUCCAACCCACCCGCCUUCGCGCACGUCCACUGCGCUGAAGCAAUGGGUGUCCCUCUGCUCCUCAGCUUCACCAUGCCGUGGUGCGCCACCGGGGCCUUUCCGCACCCUCUCGUCGACAUCAGCUUCUCCAAUGCCGAGGAGCGUCUCACAAACUACAUCAGUUACGCGCUUGCGGACAUUCUGACCUGGCAAGGCAUGGGCGACAUCGUCAACAAAUUCCGCAAUCGUGCACUAGGCCUACCUUCCCUGUCCGUCCGCUCCGGCCCUGGUCUCACCGAUCGCCUUCGCGUCCCUUGGACUUACUGCAUGAGCCCCGCGCUCGUGCCCAAGCCGAGCGACUGGUCGAAUCAUAUCGACGUCGUGGGCUUCUACUUCCUUGAUCUAGCGACCUCGUAUAGUCCGUCGGAAGAUUUGAAGGCAUUCUUGGAUGCGGGGGAGACGCCCGUGUACAUUGGGUUCGGUUCCGUCGUGGUGGAUGACUCGGCAGAGAUGACGCGUAUCAUCUUCGAGGCGACGAAGCGCGCAGGCGUGCGAGCCCUUGUCUCUGCAGGCUGGGGGGGUCUCGGUGGCGUCUCUGUUCCCCCGAAUGUCUUCAUCCUGGGCAACAUCCCGCACGACUGGCUCUUCUCCGACGGACGCGUCUCUGCUGUCGUGCAUCACGGCGGCGCCGGAACGACUGCGAUUGGUUUGGCGAAGGGUCUACCGACGGUCGUGGUGCCGUUCUUCGGUGACCAAGGGUUCUGGGGUGACAUGAUUCACAAAGCCGGCGCCGGGCCCGAGCCCAUCCCACACAAGAAGCUCACCGCAGAGAACCUCGCAGCCGCCCUCACCUUCGCCAUCAGCGCACCCGCGAAGAUGGCAGCGCAGCAGAUGGCGCGGCAGAUCGACAGCGAGGACGGUGUGCGGGCGGGCGCGGAUAGCUUCUAUCGCCAUUUGCCAUUGUUGAACAUGCGGUGCGAUGUGUGCCCAGAGAGGAUGGCAGUGUGGUGGUCGACAGAGCUGUGCUUGAAGCUGAGCGCAGUCGCAGCGCAGACGCUUGUAGAUGCGAAAGAGAUCAAGAUGGAAAACCUUGACCUGCACAGACCCAAGGAAUAUGACUCGCGCAGAGCCUACAACGAUCCGUUGACAGCCAGCGCGAGUGGUAUCUUCUGGACAAUCUUGCAUCACUAUGCGGCGGUUGCGCAGAUCUUCACUUCGCCGAUGAACGGUAUCGUGAAGACGACGACUGCCAUACCGCAAGGGAUCUACAAGAUCGUCAUCGGAACGCACGAGGGCUUCGUGAACCUCCCAACCUUGUACGGUUCGGAAGUUCGCAAGAGCGGGCCCGUGAAGGGGAUUGCCAGUGGGAUCAAGGAGGCGGGCAAGGGUCUCUUCUACGGCUACUACGAUGGGAUCACAGGUUUGGUGACCGAGCCAGUGAAAGGCGCGAAGAAAGAGGGAUUCAUGGGCGCAAUCAAAGGGUCCGCGAGGAGCUUCGUCAACGUCACCCUCAAGCCCGCUGCCGGUAUCGUCGGCGUCAUUGGCCUCCCCCUACAGGGAAUGCUCCGCUCCAUCCAGUCCCCUCAUAGCGAGCGUCAAGAGAAAGACCAACGCGCCGCGCGUCUCCAGGAAGGCAUCGAGGCCGUCAAGACCCUGUCGAAGAAGCAGCGCGACGAAAUCCCACGCGCGUUCUGGGCGCUGCGUGCGGGGACGGCGGAGCGUAGGCGUCGUCUGACAGCGUUGGCGGAGGAGCAGAUCAAGGAGGCGGAGGAACAAGGGCCGGUGGAGAGGCCGGUGUUCGACUCGACGGAUUCGGCGAGCACGCUGAGUGGAAGGAGUGGGAGUGCCGAGGGGAGUGCAAGGGGGGAAGGGAACACCGUAGUCGGUGGCGCGAGCAGUGGGAGCAACCUGGGCCAUGUCAAGUCGCGCAGCGCGGAGUCGACGAGCUCAGCGUCGGUGCGGUCGUUCGGAGCGAGCUCGACGUCGGGAAGGAGCGUGGCGUCAAGUUCGAGUCCGAGGGUACAUUUCAACCCUAUAGACACUGCGAAGGGCCCGUCCAGUCCGGGGAAGUACGCGGCGUCGAGGUCGGGAAAGCAGUCGUCUAGUCUUGGGAAGAAAACCUCCAUCGACUACGACAAGCUAUACGAGGAUGACCUGGCGUACGCGAUGCGGCUGUCGCAGCUGGAGGGGCCCACGGUCGAUGGGGCGGCGGGAGCGCCUGUGUCAUUAUCAACAGGCGAGGCGCCGCUCGCUAUGCCCGGGUCGUUCGAGACGGAGCCGGAGCCUCCUCAUGAGACGACGGCUGCAUCGAGGGAGGACGCGGACGAGCAAGCAUUCCAGAGGGAUAUGGACUUGGCGAUGAGGUUGUCCCUGGGAUAGGUUGAGGGCGGAGACGAAGGGGCGUGUUAUCAUCUAAAGGACAAGGUCAGCCAAGAGAAUACAUGGGUCCUUCCAUCCGAUUCGCUGACGCCCCUCAGAUAAAGAACCAUGUAUGAUUUGUCGAUACUCGAUUGGACUUGUACUGUACUCAUCUUCCCCC